ACAGGACCAUUCUGAACCUCUUUUACACAGAACAAGGGUGUGAAACGGUGUACUGAUGCAGGUACUCCACACAAAAAAGAAAUCAAUGUUGUGUUGUGAAGACAAACGAAGAAGAAUUCAACUCUGAUAAAGAAAAGAGUGACCUAUUAAAAUAUAUAAAACUACAGGAUAUUUUGUUUAACCAUCCUUUUAAAUACAUGUAAAAAAAUAAUGUAUGAUUCGGAAAACGCGGAAGAUAAUGGACGACACUAUACAACUUAGACCAAUUUUAAACUGUCCUGAGUUUAUUUUUUGUGAUAAAAAAUAAGAGGUUGUUUACGCGAAAUUAUGAGCUACGUGAACAACCAAAUGGGACGUACUACAACUAUUUCCACCCACUUAAAACACCAUUAAUCACAACAAUUCGCACACUGAGAUUGGAGAUAUUUUGAGCACUUUGCAUCUCCGCUCUCAUGCAAAGGCGUGGCUAUUUUCUCAUUAUGAACAGGUGAAACAAAACCCCUUCCUUGAAAUAACAAGGCUCGUCGUAUGCGUAGCACCGUCAGAGCACCGUUUUGGAUUUACACUGGUUUACUGCCCUUGCCAACACGUACCGAUGAAUCUGAUGUGUUUGUCAUCGUGAUUAUUACUUGAAGACGCCCCUUUAAUCCAAGUUUAUCUGCAUGGGAAGUUAGUUGGAACCUUUAAGCAACUUUUAAAAAUCCUGAAACACGAGAAAUAAUCUUCACUUUCCAAACUGAAGUACUUCAAGGUUAUCAGAGACCAAGAUGACAUGAUGUUCAGGCAGAUUUUCAACAACCCGUGAAUCAAUGCAAAAUUUAUUAGACCGAAAAAUAAAAGUGUAGGUCUUGAAUUGACAUUGGUAAAAUUGUUGACGCAUUUGUAAUAUAAUUUUCCAAAAGCCAAAGCAUUUCAAUUUUCCUAAUUUGGAACGUUUGAAACGAACCCAUUGGGCUUUUCUGAUGUUGCUGUUGGUAUGAUUAGUAUCAACUCAACUUGAAGUGCUGUGAUCGCUGUGAUAGGGAUGUAGUAUGUUCGAGUAGUGGAAUGAGUGAUUGAAUUAAUGUAAUUUUUUUACAAAAUCUAUGGAGAUGGAGAAUAAUAACAAUGAAAAUAGGAGCAUUGAGGAGUUAACACCAGAAGAAAAAUGGAGGAGGGAACAUAUGAAAUUACAUGAACAGCACAGAGGACAUGACACAAUGCAUGCUGAGAUGGUUCUAAUUCUUCUAGUCACAUUAGUUGUAGCGCAAAUCGUUUUAGUAGAGUGGAAAAAGAGGCAUUUUAAAUCAUAUCAGUUCAUUUCACUUUUGGGAAUGUGGAUAAUUCCACUUGUUAUGUGCCUGAGGAAUCAGUGGUGGAGAUUCAUAUUCUUCUGGCUCUUGUUUUCUUGCAUUACUGGUUUCAUUGUAAGGAAAGCUGUUCAGAAACCAAUUGAGGGCACCACACCUAGAUUGGUGUACAAGUGGUUUUACUUCCUCUACAAACUUAGUUAUGCUCUCGGCUUGAUAGGGUACUUCAUCCUCUGUGCCACAUUUUUUGGGCUCAAUCUUGUUUUUGAUGCCAAACCACAAUCCUGGGUGGAUGUUGGUGUCUUAUUCCUAUUUUACGGACUGUAUUAUGGUGUGUUAGGGAGAGACGUAGCAGAAAUAUGUGCUGACACAAUGGCCUCCCAUGUUGGUUAUUAUACAGCUCAAGGAAUGCCAACACGGCAUUUAGAGUCAGGCGUGUGUGCUGUGUGUGGUAAUCGUUUAUUGGUUGCAGAGAAUGAAGAAGGUGUUCUAGAAAACACCUAUAAACUUUCUUGCAACCACGUUUUCAGAUUUCAUGAGUUUUGCAUUAGGGGUUGGUGUAUUGUUGGCAAGAAGCAAACGUGCCCAUACUGCAAAGAAAAAGUAGAUUUGAAGAAAAUGUUUUGCAAUCCUAGAUGGGAACGACCACAUGUUCUUUAUGGGCAAUUGCUAGACUGGAUCCGCUGGCUAGUUGCUUGGCAGCCUCUUAUACUCUUUCUUGUGCAGGGUAUAAACUGGGCCUUGGGUUUGGAAUGAAUGUGUAAUAUUUAAGUUUAAAAACUGUAUGGAAAAUGUGAAGAAGAAUCCUGUGUCUGAGUAUGUAUAGAGAUUGUGUUUCUUAGUUUGCCAUAAAGCUGUUGUUUUAAUAUUUAUAUUCAAUCAAAAUCUGUGUGUUUGCCUUGCUACUCAAGAAUACAUCAAUGUAUUACAGAAUAAGUGUUCAAAUAUGAAAAUGUUUUUAUUUUUCAGUUGUUAUUAUUUUUUCUGAGAAUGUUACCAAAUAUAGUGACUGUGAAUUUUGAUUAUUUGUAUAAAGUACAAUUAUCACAACUGUACCUAGCAAUUGCUAUAAAGCGGAUAAAUCUUCUUAUACUGUUGUUAAUGUUGAAAGGUAAUUUCUUUUCAGAAUCAAUGUGUAGUUUUGAAGAGGUGAGGUUUUUUGUAAAGCAAAUUAACAUUUUGACAUUCUUUGAAUCCAACACCCUGUGCUUUUGCAGGAAGUGGUUUAAAUUACGUAUAUUGUUGUAUUUACUUGGUACUUAAAAAAAUCUGGUUUACGCCUUCUCCGAUACAUCAUGUCUUUGAUAUCUGAGUAAUAAAAACACAGUUCACGACCAUGAUUGUAAAAAAAGUGCUGCAUUUUAAUUAUAAAUGAGUAAUAGUAUUUGAAGUUUUUAUUAUCCUUUGUACAUUGAAACUCAGAAUAUUUAUUAUAUUACAAUUAUUGACCCUAGUCAAAAAUAUGUUUUCUAUUCGUAAAUGUUAGAAAUCAAUUUUCUUUAAGAUUGUACUUCCUUUUUUGUAUUGGUUCUGUAUUACUUUAAAUUUUUAUACAUGUUGGCAUACUUUUUGCUAACUAAAUGAUCUCGCUGGUAUUAAUGGUUUUGUAAUAAAUACUGCACUUAUAACCUCAUGUGUUUUUUGAAAAUGUAUGAAAAUACCCAGUAAUAAAUAUGAGAAAACUGAAUAGCCAACAUUUUCAUCAUCAAUUAUAAACAUUUAAUGUUUUGCUGGAAUGUGUUUAUUUUGCACUGUACCAUGAAAGGCAUGUUUACAACAGACCAGAUGCACCCAAUGUAAAAAAAUCAGCAAAUAAGGGUCUAACUGGUCUCUAACUUUUUGUAGUGAUUUGAAUUACCAGAAAUAUUAGAAUUGUGAGUGAUGAAACUCGAAACAUGAAAUCUUUAAUUUCUGUUACUCUAAGAGUUUUGGAUAGCUAGACUUCUUCAAAUAUUAUUUCUUGUAUGGGAAAACCAUUAAAGGAAAAAAAAUAACAAACAGAUUUUAAUUUUAGAAAAUCAUUUUAAAAACUCCAUGACUACGGUAACAACCUUCUUGAAUUUCAGAAAAUAAAUCUCUGUAAAGUUGAUUGAUUGUAUGUAUGUAUUGUAAAAUAAUACAAUUUGGUGCUAGAAUUCAGUAAUAUAAUUGAGGGGGGUUUUAUUACAAGAACCAAACAAGUCCAAAAUUCCAUAUUUUAAGACAUUUCAAGUUAUUCCCUAAAACUGGCUCUCUCUGAUGGGAUAUAUUCUUUUACCAACUGCCAAACACAUUGAAAGAUAUAAGGUGGGGGAAAAUCGUAAUUUCAUUACUAUGCCCAUCUAUUCUGAACUUUUUAGUGCCUACUGAAAAAUCUUGAAUUUGGAUUAGUUUGGUUCUUGCAAGAAACCCUUCAUUCGUAAGUUUGAUAUUUGUAUGUUAUUCGCUAAUAUAUUAUGUCGGUAAUACAUUUGAAAUUCGAUUUGUUUGAAAAUUCAAUUGUUUAAAAGAAAUAUGAAUGAAUUCCAGCAUGCUCAACUCACUUCUCCAAAAAUUAGAGCAAUUUUUUGAAAAUUUGUAAGACUUGUGAAAAUAAGUAUGGGUGUUAAGUAAUGUCUAUUAAAAAUUUGAAAAUAUUCAUUUGACAUUAAUAAAAGCUUCUAGCAUGUAUUGGAGGAACCAAAAAUUAUAUGGUUUAAAAAUCCAGUACUCUUGAGUUGUUAAAAAAAAUGACGCAAUUUUUGAAAAUUAGUUCAAUAGGAAUACUUGAUACAUUGUGAUACACAAUGUUAAUUGGAUUCUAUUCAUACAAACAAAAUUUAAGAAAAGAGUUUUUUUUUUUUUUGAGGGAACAUUUUGGAAGUUGAGUAUGCAUGUACAGUACAUGCCAGAAAUUAAAAAAAAAAAAUUGUUACGAUGGGCAGGAGGCAGACCAUAUUGGCAAACCUAUUUUCUAAACAAUUUCUGGGUAGAAAAUAAUGUUUUUUCAACGAUGGGUUGAUAUACAUACAUUUUUGGGACUAGAAACCAAAAUGCUUUGUUUCAAGAACCUUCCAAAUAAGCAUUUGUGAAAAAUUUUGAAAUUUCCUUUUCAAAUAAUACCUUCUUCAUAUGUGCUUAGUGUUGUAUGCUCACCAAAUGUAAUUAAAUUGGUAACUGGAAUGAAAUGUUCUGAUAAAAUUAAAGGCCAUCCAUUUCC